AUGGAGCUCCCGUUGGCUCUGGCGACCUCCUCGGUCGCUGGAUCUGGAUGGGGCUUUGAAAACGUAGACCUGAGCAAUCCAAUAGUGGUGUUGCUUUUCAGGUUGAAAGCUUUAUUGGAAUGCCUUUUAACUGCUGGUCUUGCCCUGACAGUCCAAAAAGACCUUCACAAGCUUAAAGAUAAAGUGAAAAAUAUCAACUUGAAAGGAAAACUAGAAACUGUGGAUAUUGGUAACCUGGAAACAGCAAUUGAAAGAACUGAAUCUGGGCUGAGAAAACAUGCUGAAAACUAUUUAAAUGCUAUAAACAGACAAGUGUUAACUAUUUCUUCUACUGAUAAUAAAGGAGAACAUUCAAAACAGCUUUCUAAAUGGGAGCUUCCUUUUGGUGCUCCUCAGAAACGACUUAUUCUGCCACGAGUGCCUGUGGAACACCUGACUGUCCAGGAAUGCAGCAAAUCAGCACCACGUGUUUCUCAACCUUCACAGCAGCAGCUGGAAAUGAAUGUGAAAAUUAUGCUUGACCCAGAGAACACCAAUGCUAAAGCUGUUUUCAAGCAGGACUGUGGGAUCAGGCUGCCACUUAUAACUAAGAAAAAAUCUACUCCAAUGUGUAAUCAGAAGAUAGCCAAGGGUUGUACAGUUAGCAACCUUUGGGUUUUGCCUGCCUCUCACCACAUGGAUUCUCCUUUACCCCUGUUAGAAGAGGACAUACAGAAAGGUAUUCUGAGUCUAACUGAACGAAGACUUAUCCCUCCAACAGCAAAGAUAACCCUCCAGUCAUCUCCUGUUGUGUCUAAACCAGCUCCUCUCCAUGAAUUUCACAAACAGCACAAGAAGUCAGUUGUAGGAGAGAUUAGUAGAGUGGACCCUGAGAAUAGAGCCAUCUUCACCUUUCCGCACUCAAAAGAAGCACUUGAUGAAACGCGGUCUUCUAACAAAGGCUAUGCUGCACCAGCUCCAUCCAGCAGCUCCAUGGUUUUGUCAAGGAAAUCAUCAUCAGUGUGGAGACAUCCAGCUCAGCAGUUGGAAUCUGAACUGCAGACUGCUCGUAAGCCUCAGACCCCCAAAAUGUCUCCAUGUCAUUCCUUACAGGAUCCAUGCUUUGAUUAUAAUAUUGCUGUUUGCGACGGCACUAUAGAUCGGAAAGACCCAGACUUUCUGGCAUUCAAGCAACAUUAUUGUUUAUCCUGGGGGAGCAUUGUCUUUUUCUUGGAACACACUGAGAAGCUUCUAAAGGACUAUGCUGUGCCAGUGGCUACAAUAAACGGCAAGAAGUUGGCGGAAGUUGCAUCAGACUUUGAGCUUAAUGAGAAUCCCACCAAAAAUGACAUUCUCUCAGUGAUAAAGAAUCAGUCAGCCGUGAAAAAGAUCUUAAAUCAGCCUGGCCAAAGAUACAAAGGCCAAGGUGGUGUUGAAAUGGCUGCUACAAAGAUCCAAGCAACAUGGCGCUGUUAUCUGGCCAGGAAAGCCUAUGUCCGUUUCAGGCAGCAGCAGUGGGCAUCAGGUGUGAUUGCCAUUUCUUGGCUCUUGCAUAAUCACAUGGCACGUGUGAAAAAGACCCUGCAGGAAUCACGUCAGAGACACCUGGAGAAUUUUUACAUCAGGGCCAAGCAUCUGGCAGCCAACUGGAAUCGCAUCAGGACCUCCAGGAGGACUAUUAUCCAUAUCCCAUCAUUAGGGUAUUCCCAGUGCAUCCGUGAGCAUAUUCCUGAUCUUGCUCUUCAGCAGAAUUUGCAGAUGGGAAGGCUGUGUGACAUACUGGAUGCCAACGUGGACGUCAUCUACAUCUGCCCCCUUCAUCUGAGUGAGGAGUUACUGCAGUAUUACAAUAAACUCCUGGGUCUACAGGCAGCUGUUAGAUCUGGGAACCCUGAGGACAUGGGUGACCUGCAGGACAGGUUCAAAAUUCUCACCCCUGAAGCUAUAAACAGCUUCCCUAGCCAUCACAUGUGCCUAGCCACACAGCUGAAGUACAGUCCCAAGACAAUCAAAAGAAUAAAAAUUCUUAUCCAGAGCAGAGAUGCCUACAUUAUUGGAGGGGUACCCCACAAAGAUGACUUAGAAGUGGCUGACAUGUUAAACGUCCCUAUAUUAGGCUCAGUGCCAGAAGUGGCUCGUCUCUAUAGUACCAAGUCUGGAAGUAAACGAAUCUUUGCCAGCGCUUGUGUGCCGACCCCUCCUGGAGAAUCGGACAUCUACAGCAAUGAGCAGAUGAUUAAUAUCCUCAGUCAGCUGAUCAUUGACAACAUGGAAGUGCAGCGUUGGUUGUUCAAAGUGAACGAUGAAUCUGGAGGAAAUGGCACUGCCUACUGUGACGUUACCUUGCAUUUGAAGUGCUACCGCUGGCUUCAGAAGGAACGGCAGAGAUACAGCCCUGAGAUAUGGAGUAGUAAGUGGGCACAUGAGCCAGCUUUGGUGAAGAUCUCCCAGGAGCUGCCGGGCCUUUUAGCACAGCACGUACAGCCAGUCAAUGAGAAACGAUUCCCUACAUGGGAAAAAUUCCUCCAAACAUUUCUUAGUCAAGGUGGUGUGAUAGAAGCCUUCCCACUCUCUGAAAACGUCACAAACCUUACAGUGGAUAUGCUGAUAGAACCAACAGGCAAGAUAAAAAUAGUGUCAUCUGGAGACCAGCUCCAUGCUGAUGGUCCUUUGCGAUCAUCUGGCACUACCAUUCCACAGUGUUCUGUUGAUCCAGCAGUUCUUAAUUCUCUGUGCUUAAAAAUUGGAGAGACCUGUAAAUCUAAAGGAGUGCUUGGUUAUUUUUCGGUUGACUUUGUGACUUUCAUCCAUCCACAAACAAUGGAGCAGCAGGUGUGGGCAACAGACCUUGACCUUUGCUAUAGUGACCAGCUGGCCUUGACUCAGCUCAUGUUGUAUGUGACAGAUGGAAAUCUGGAUUGUCGCUCUAGCCUCUUUGAAGUAUCACUUGGUUCAAGGAAAAUGAAAAGCCAACGUAUUCAGCGUGAAGAAACAAAAACUCUUUCUCCGGUAAGCAACCGCUGUGCAGUAGCAAGCAGUCAGCUGAGGCACUCCAACCUUUCAGUAAUCUACUAUAAUGUUCUCCUCCAGAUGUGUAAAGCUCAUGGUGUUGGAUUUGACCUCCAGGAAAAGCAGGGAACAGUUUUUAUAUUGUAUGAAGAUCAGAAGCGAUACAGAUUGGGAAUGUUAACAAUCGGAGAGGAUCUCCAGGGGGUCCUCAUGACCUUUGCUCGCAAUCUCUUCAUCAUCCAUCAAGAAAUAUCAGCACCUAAUAUGCAAGGCGAGACCAAUUUUAAGAUGGCAAUUCAAGAUAUUGAAGCAAUUCUAGGAAUUACAGCAGAAAACAAACUGAAACUGGAAGAAGAGCAACAUUCUGAAGCAGAUGCUCUGAAAGAAUAGUUAACAGAAAGCGUUUUAAGUGCCAUAUUCUUUAUGCUUCCGCAGACAAACUCUCAUCUGUAAGAACAGGUUUGGUUUUCCUUUGUACUGUGAAUUAAUAUUAACCGAGACAGUCUAUGUCAAUGAUACUUGAGUGUAAUGUUUAAUAGCGUAUCCCUUAUUUCACAA